AAGCCUCGAAGCAGACUCGAUCCAGAGCCAUGUCGGCAAUAAAAUCAUGGGGUAUCUGCCUAUCAUGAAAGCCAUUGUGAUCAGCUCAACCUUUACCCCAGAAGCAGAAUGUGGUGGUUGCUAGUACUUGAUUUCGGACUUCUGCGACAUGUCAACUUGGAUAUGGUAUUGUCCAGAAGGCGGACACUCAAAAUAAUCAUGAUAUCGGCAUUAGAAUAGUAGCCGGCAUUACUCUGGGCAUGUUGAAGUCCGAGCUGUCUUUCAUUAUAAGACCUGUCCAAUUCCCGACCUUUCAUCAGCGAUCAAAGAGCUUUGAGUGAUCUUUACCUUCCUCUGACCUCGUGGACUAAACGCAUACACUGUGAUCAAGCCAACAUGAGAAUGCCUGAAAAGAUGCAAACUCUGACACCUACUCAAAGCAAGGCGACCAAUUUUGAAGUUGGUGAUGUCGUCAACCUCAAAGAUCAUGACUUGCCAGCGGACGUUGAAGGAGACACACACAUGCACAUCGUGCAAGAACGGAAGCUCCUCAGGAAGAUUGAUCUCUGGAUUAUGCCUCUUCUGACAGUGUCAUAUCUUCUGCAAUUCCUCGACAAGCAGUCAUUGAACUUUUCUUCGGUUAUGGGUAUUAUUCAAGACCUCGAUCUCCGAGGCACACAGUACUCAUGGUCAUCCAGCGUCUUUUACUUUGGUUAUCUCGCCUUCUCCUACCCCGCAUCCUUCCUUAUGGUACGGCUUCCUCUUGGAAAGUAUCUCGGUGCUACCUGUGUUGCUUGGGCUGUCUGCCUCGCCUGUCAUGCUGCAACCUCCAGCUUCACUGGCUUGGUCAUCGUCCGAUUCUUCCUCGGCGUCACAGAAGCCUCCAUAUCUCCUGGAUUCUCUUUGAUGACAGGGAUGUGGUACAAAAGAAGAGAGCAGCCCUUGCGACAUGGGAUUUGGUUCUUUGGAAAUUCUCUGGCGGUCAUGUUUGGGAGCUUGCUCGCUUAUGGAAUCGCCCAUAUCAAACAUAGCAUUGGUCCCUGGAGGUGGCUUUUUAUCAUCUUCGGGAUUGUUACGAUGGCAUGGGCUGGCGUCCUGCUCUGGUAUCUUCCUGACACGCCGAGUACUGCUCGAUUUUUGACCGAGUCGGAGCGAGUCCAAGCGGUCGAUCGCAUUCGAAGCAAUCAGACCGGGUUGAAGGAGAAUACGUUCGUUUGGAGGCAGGCAAUCGAGGCCAUGACUGAUCUCAAAGUCUGGCUUUUGGUCCUCUUCAUGCUGGCCAACUCUAUUCCAAAUGGCGCCUUUACCACGUUCAGUAGCCUAGUCUUUGCAGGCUUCGGUUACGAUAGGUUGCAGGUCUAUCUUUUACAGAUCCCUCUUGGUGCAAUUCACGGUGUAUUUGCGCUACUAUCAACCUAUCUAUGCGGAAAGCUCCCGAAUUCGAGAUGCAUCAUCGCCGCAACACUUACCUUGGUCAGUUUGGUUGGCAGUGUUCUCGUGCGCUACGGGCCAAAUCUAGGAAGUAAUCUCCUUGGACUGUUCAUCUUCAUUGGCUAUGUCGCGGGAAUUCCUAUUACCCUGUCCAUGAUCAGCUCAAAUGUUGCAGGAUUCACAAAGAAAGCAGUUUCCUCAGCCAUGGUUUUUGUGGCAUACUGUGCGGGAAAUCUCGCGGGCCCAUUCCUUUUUAUUCCGUCGGAGGCUCCUUUAUAUCCAAGCGGUUUCUUGGCCACCACCAUCUGUUUCGCCAUGGCAGCAUUACUGAUGGGAACACUUCGAGUUUUAUACACGUGUGAGAACCGACGGAGGGAUAGACUACAAACGGAGGGAGGCCGCCAUGACCAAGGGGUCGAGGCUGCGGAGCAGCUUUCACUGACAAAUCAGACAGACAAGGAGAAUCUGGGCUUCCGUUACGUCCUCUAG